AUGGGUGUUCUCCUUCAAGAGUGGAAAUCCGCCAUCGCUUUAGAAGCAAGAAACUCUAGCCAGCCAGAACUAAUCUUGACAGCAAGGGUUGCUUAUUCACCAUUCAUCUCUACAAGAAGUUACCCUCUAGAGGCAAUACAACAAUACUUAAACUGGGGUGUGAGGGAGUGGAUGAAUGGAGGAUUAUCGGCCAAUAAGUUGGUUUUGGGUUUGCCUUUAUUCGGCUAUGCAUGGAAGCUUGUGAACCCUGAAGACAAUGGCAUCGGUGCACCGGCAACAGGACCGGGGAUUAAAAAAAGUGGAUUUUUGAGCUAUAAGGAUAUCAAGAAUCACAUUAAAGGAUUUGGUCGUAAAAUUGAUGUCAAAUACAACCCAAUUUAUGUGUUGAAUUACUGCACAAUCGAAUCAUCUUGGAUUGGCUUUGAUGAUGUUGAGGCUAUCAGAGCUAAGGUUUCUUAUGCCAAGGAGAAGAAGCUACUGGGUUACUACCUGUGGCGAGUGGGGUGUGAUGAUAAUUGGGUGCUUUCUCAAACAGCAGCUGAGGCGGAUAUAAACAACUCUUCCGAUCAAGAGGAUAGUAAGAGACCUUUGUUAGCCAUUAUUUUGUCUUCAACAGCAGCUGUUAUUCUUCUACUAGGAUUGUUUGUGAUAUAUUAUUGGCGGAGGAGAAAGCUCGAAUCAAGAGAGAUGCCAGACUGGGUAAAACGAUCCAAGUAUACAGUUAAUAAAGCAGCCGUAGAUUUUAGCAGCAGUGUUCCUAAUCUGGUGGAGUACACAAUGAAUGAUAUUGAGGCAGCUACAAAUAGAUUUUCAAUCGAAAAUAAGCUUGGGCAGGGUGGAUAUGGUCCUGUUUACAAGGGUGUACUAUCGGAUGGACAGGAAAUUGCAGUGAAGAAACUUUCAAAAACAUCCAAACAAGGAUAUGAGGAAUUCAGGAAUGAAGUUAUGCUUACUGCAAAGCUCCAACAUAUAAAUCUUGUUAGAGUUUUGGGUUAUUGCAUUGACAGGGAAGAACACAUGCUAGUCUAUGAAUACAUGAAAAACAAAAGCUUAGACUAUUUCCUAUUUGACCCCAAUAGACAUUAUGCUUUCGAUUGGAAAAAGCGUGUGCAAAUUAUUGAAGGGGUUACUCAAGGGCUUCUAUAUCUCCAAGAAUUCUCAAGAUUCACCAUUAUUCAUCGAGAUUUGAAAGCUAGUAAUGUUUUGUUGGACGGAAAUAUGAAACCUAAAAUAUCAGAUUUUGGUAUGGCUAGAAUUUUUGUAAAAGAAGAUGUUGAAGCAAACACAGAAAUGAUUGUCGGAACGAGGUAAGUAUAUUUUAAUA